AUGGCCAUGGCGAUGUUCCAUCGCCGCCCUCAGAAGCCUGCUUCUGAGGUGCAGAGUGGUCCUUCAACUGCUGAGCUACCGCUUCCGACACCAGGCAAGACUCGCAAAAUGCCCUCGUACUUGUCCUCAAUCUGUCAUAAAUAUCUCACUGUAUCAACUCGUACGCUGAACAAACUUGUCUGUCUUUGCGGUGGAAGAGAUGCUAAAUACAUGUUGGAUCGAGUCUACACCUUGAAGCACUUUCAGAGUCUACCAGAUCCAGCUGCGAACCUUUGCGACAAGUGCAAAGAUACUCGCCUUUGGGCAAACGCAGUUGGCGGGAAAGUCUUUGGAGAAAAAGAGAUUAUUGUCAGCAACGUCAAACCUUGGAAUGUGCCAAACUUUGGAAUUACAUAUCGAUACAGAAAUGGUCCCAACUGUCCGUCUUCGUCGCCCGCUGGCAGUCCAGAGACAAUCUACUACUGCGAGCAUAGGAAAAGCCCUGAUCAAAACGAAGCUGGCGGAGAAUCUACCGAGGACUUGUUGCGCAAAAAGCACAAAGACAACAACGCUGUCCUAGUUCGCCUCGAGGCCCCACCGAAACCAAGAUACACACCUCCAUCCCCGCCUGAGGUUCCGGAACGGGCGCCAGCCACAGAAUACACCAAAAGCAACCGCUAUGAAAGAUCAACUGGCAAAGGAAUUUUUGGACCCAGGAGGCUCAACGCGCAUGCCGUCGUUCCCUUCACUGCGAAUGGACGACCAGUCUUCAAACUUGAUGAUAACAUGCUCGAGAAAGAAUUUCGACGACCGUUUCCCAAUAGACAUGUCAGAGUUCGUUUUGAUCCGAGAACUUCUGAGCCACUGGAGGGUGCUCUUCCCGAUCCCGGUGUAGAGCCAACUGUUGAGGUUCCUGAAUUCGGAACAAUACCAGUCGAAGGUGUUUUGCCAUAUAAAAUCGUACUACAAUUCAGUCAGUACUGGGACCCUGCAAAAUAUGUAAGUAUUUAAUCGCUUUUGCUAGACAAUGGUAAUGACUGACUUUUGUUACCUUUUAGAUUCUUUUUUCGAUGGACCAGUAUGACCCAGGUUUCGUGUGGUUAAGAAAAUAUGGUCUUUCUCGCGAAGCUGCCCUCAGACCACCUCCACAGCCCCCCCAACUAACAAGAAAGCCUGACUAUAAGGAUAGCAAUUACAUAAGAUGGCUCGCUUCUGGUGGUGAAAUUAUACCAAAUUAUGGUCCAGAAGAUGUAAAGCAUAGAGGGUACUUGCACCCCUACAAACUACCAAAGUUUCCACCACCACGCCCUUCCAAGAACAAGAAGCAAAUUUGUGCAAAGCCACAGGUAAAACGAAGCCGCUCGGCUCCCCUGCAUGAUUCGACUCCUAUUGUCGAAAUUCCCGAGCAAGAGACGAAUACCUGUGACGCAAGUAUCGCAACGCAAGCAGAGAAUAUCCGGCAAGCAAGGAAAAAGGCUGCUGGUAGAAAGAAUUCUCAAGGAACAAGACGCGUCUCAACAGAGGGCCAAAUUCCCGUGGUGGCAGCUACAGAAAAUACUGCGGUCAAACGUUCUUCAACCAGCGCUCCUCCUACUGAUCUUACCGAAGAGGAAGUAGUUCGUCAAGCUGCUGGAGCCAGACCAGUGGUUGACAAGGUCUCUGAAGAUCAAGUUACUCAGCGAGUCAAACCAGAUUUUGCGAUUGGUGGUACGUCAAACACUCUCAAAAAUGAAGUCACGCCGCCGAAGUCAUAUACAAGCAUGCUUUCAGCAGGUCUUCAUGAGGAGGCUAUGAAGGCGCACGAUACCCAAGAGGGCAAUCCAGACACCCUAAGAUUCUCGCAGCAGCCAACACUUCGACAAUCUAUCGCUAAGCAACCACAGUACACCUUUGCGUCUCAAUCACAAGUUGAAUCACGUUUGCCUGAAGGGUCUGCCAAGGGGAAGGGGAGAUGCAUGAAUCCAGAGAUUCCAGAGAACAUGCAGAAUUUGGAGAACCUUCACAAUCCGAAUAAUUUGGACAAUAUGCGGCGUUUGCAGCAAUUGCAACAUUUGCAACAUCUGGAGGCUCUGAGAAACUUGGAGAAUCCAAAUAACUCAGAGGCCUUUCACAACUUCAAUGAAAUGGAUCCCAACAAUAAUGAGUGGGAGGACUAUACUGGUAAGUCCCGCAUAUUAUCUCUCAUAACCCGCCUCUUUUUCCCUCAUCUUAGCGAAGCUGACAAGUGUAUUUCACAGGUGAGAAUAGCCCCGUCGAAGAGGAAUUCGAUCCCAGUUGGUUUCUCGAACGAGCCUCUGGUCCUUCCCAGAUCGCCGCCUAG